CUCCAAGUCUAUCCGACUCGACCGGGCUGCCCUUUACCCCGCCCUCCUCAUUAACAUCCUCUUGCUCCUCAUCGUCUCUUUCUCACUCUCUCUCACGCCCACUUGCACUCUCCGACAAGCAUAGCAGACGUCAACACCUCUGCACAACAACCCACACACACCUCACGCUAGCUUGCUCUCCUUUUUCUCCACCUCCCUGCCUCCCGUAAAUCCAUCCUCAAGAUGCCGAUGCUCGAGGACCCCUCCAAGCGCUAUGCGCCCUUCCAGCCAGAGCCCUAUCCCAACCGCACUUGGCCAGACAAGAAGUGCAAGAAGGCGCCAAUCUGGCUCUCCACUGAUCUCCGCGACGGCAACCAGUCGCUCGCGAACCCCAUGACCAACAGACAGAAGAUGAGGUUCUUCCGCCACCUCGUCCAGAUCGGCUUCAAGGAAAUCGAAGUUGCGUACCCCGCUGCGUCCGAGUCCGACUUCCAGUUCUGCCGCGAGCUCGUCAACGGCAACGACGUCCCCGACGAUGUGUGGAUCCAGGUCCUGACCCCGGCGCGCGCCGACCUCAUCACUCGCACUUUCGAGGCCGUGGGCGGUCUCAAGAACGUGAUUAUCCACAUGUACAACGCAACGUCGUGUGUGUUCCGCGAGGUUGUCUUCAACAACAACCGCGAAGAGACAAUCCAGCUGGCUACCGAGCACACGACGCUCGUGCGCAAGCUCGCCGAGCAGUACGCCAAGAGCCACGGCACAAACUUCCGCUACGAGUAUUCGCCCGAGACCUUUUCGCAGACCGAGACGUGGUACGCCGCGGAGGUGUGCGAGGCAGUCAAGAAGGCGUGGCUCGACGGCAAGGGGUCCGUGUUCGCCGACGGCCGUAAGGAGGAGCGCAUCAUCUUCAACCUCCCAGCCACGGUGGAAGUGGCGACACCUAAUGUCUUCGCCGAUCAGGUCGAGAUGUUCAUCAACAGCAUUACCCAGCGCGAGAAGUGCAUCAUCUCGCUGCACACUCACAACGACCGCGGCUGUGCCGUCGCGGCCGCCGAGCUCGGUGUUCUCGCCGGCGCCGACCGUGUGGAGGGCACAGUCCUCGGCAACGGUGAGCGUACCGGUAACGUUGACCUGGUGACUCUCGGCCUCAACCUGUACUCGCAGGGAUACCACCCGGGCCUCGACUUCUCUGACAUGUUCUCGAUCAUCGACACAGUUACCGAGUGCACUGGCCUGCCAGUACACCCCCGGCAUCCGUACGCUGGCGAGCUGGUGUUCACUGCCUUCUCGGGCUCGCACCAGGACGCCAUCAAGAAGGGUCUGGAGGCGCAGACCAGGCGCGAGAAGGAGGGAAAUCCUAUCUGGGAUGUGCCCUACCUUCCCAUCGACCCUGCCGACGUUGGGUGCACUUACGAGGCGGUCAUUCGCGUCAACUCCCAGUCGGGCAAGGGCGGCAUCGCCUACAUCAUCAAGACGGCGCUGGGUCUCGACGUGCCCCGCCGCAUGCAGAUUUCGUUCUACAGCGUUAUCCAGGCCAAGAGCGAGGAAACUGGCCGCGAGCUGUCCGUCAAGGACAUCACCUCGUCCUUCCGCGAGGCGUACCGCUUCGGCACUGGGCACGAGGGCCGCCUGGUCCUCAAGGCUUUCAGCAUGGAAAACCAGCGCGCAUCGCGCUCGUCGUCAGUACGCGGUUCGCGCGACCACUCGCCCGCUCGCGGUGCCCUCGACAUGACCUCGAGCGUGUCCUCGCUCGACCAGAGCAUCGACGACCUGCCGUCCGUGCCGCGCAAGAUCAGCGCGACGAUCGUCGUUGACGGCGAGACCCGCAAGAUCACGGGUGACGGCAACGGUCCCCUCUCGUCCUUCCUCGACGCCCUCAACUCGGACCUGGGCAUCGCCCUCUCCGUGCGCGAGUACUCUGAGCACGCCGUCGGUGUUGGCUCGGACGUCAAGGCCGCGACGUACAUCGAGGUGAUCCCGCCCAACGCGGACCCCAAGGACCGCACCAAGGGCGGGUUCUGGGGUGUCGGCGUCGACGCGGACAUCACGGCGUCGGGUCUCAAGGCGGUGAUCUCGGCCGCGAACGGGUGGCUCGGCACGCAGAAGCUUAACGGCGAGGCGUGAUGCGGCGAGCGGGGUAAAAAGCGCAGCGAGCGAGCGCGUCAUGUAGCGUAGGAUAGUGGAUUGGAAAGCACGAUGCAAGCAUGAUCAUGAA